UCAAUAUAACCCUUCUGUGUGAAUGCGCAGUGUUCGUUGACUUCACAUUAGAAUUUAGUCUAGUUGCACUCGGUGCUCGAGAGAGGCCACAACCGCAGGAAUGACAUGCCAGCAAUGUGUCCCAUACAACAAGAACUGGGUAGCUUUGUAAUUUUGUGCGCUCGUGGCUAAUGCUCGGCGGGCUCGCUGUCAAUCCAAAUGGAAACGCUACAACAGCGUAGCAACAAUGAAACAAAUGCCAGUAGGAUGAAGCAGCAGGCAGGCUUCGCGGUGGCGCAGGGCGCCGGGUUGGUUGACGGUGGCAGCAUUGGCGCCGUGCCCCCUCUGCCGCUCCUGCCCCCGCUGGCCCUGGCUGCGAUGUUGCCUGGGCUGCACCUGCUGCCUCAAGCACAGCUGCAGGAGCUGCUUGGAGGCUGGGCCGCCUUGCCGCAGGCACAGGGCCCGCCAGCGGCGAAAGCGGCAGCGUCAAGGGCGAGGGCGAAGUCCGGGGCAGGCAGCCCCAUACCGGAGGGAAUGGCUCCUGGUCAUGUCGCUGGCGCUGCCGGAGACACCGCCGCAGCCACAGCAUCAGGGGCAGGAGAAGGGACCCACAGUAACCGUCGCUCCGGGCGCAGCAAGAACCUGGGGCGCAGCAACGGUGUUGUUGACGGCUCUGCUGGCGACCCCGUUGCGGACGCCGAUGUGGGUGUUGGGGAACAGGCGCAGCUGCGGCGUCGCGACGAGACCGGCGGUAGCGGCAAUGCCGGCAGCCGCGACGACGCCGGCGGUAGCGGCAAUACCGGCAGACGCGGCGAUGCCAGCGGCAGCGGCAGUGCCGGCGGUAGCGGCGAUGCUGGCGGCAGCGGCAGUGCCGGCGUCAGCGGCGAUGCUAGCGGCAGCGGCAAUGCCGGCGGUAGCGGCAGUGCCGACGGUAGCGGAGAUGCUGGCGGUAGAGGCGACGCAGGAAGCGACGCCAGUGAAGAUGGCUCGCAGCCGACGGCGGCGGGAGCUGCUGCGGCCGACGCUGGGCAGCAGGUGCCGCAGGCGCCACCCUGCGAACUUAACUGUGCCACUUGCAGCGCGCCCUACGUCAAGCGCGGCCCCAGAAUGAGCUGUGGGUUCUUCGCGCGCACCGGCGCCUUCACCUGCCACCGUUGCUGCCUGAAAAACAGUGCCGCGCACGGCUUCUACGGCCCGCCCGGGACACGGAGCCUGGAGGAGGCGGGCGGACGGGAGUGCGCCGAGUGCGGCACGGAGUCGGCCUUCCGGUGGGCUCCGCACCCGGUGAAGGAGCGUGUCUAUUGCUGUAGAAGCUGCGAUGAGACGCUGCGCGGGGCCAAGAGCGCGCCGAGGUCGCAGGCGCGGGCGCGCUCACGGGUUGCUGAGGAGCCAGACGACGACAGCAGUAACGAGGCUCAGCCUAAGCCGGAGGCGGCAGUUGCGGUGGCGAUGGUCGAGGAGCUUCUUGUGCCUUGCGACGGCCUUUGGCCUGGGGCAGCUGCGUGGUGGCCGCCACAGCUGCUGCCACCGCUACAGCCGCAGCUGCUGCCACCGCAGCUGCUGCCACAGCCACAGCUGCAACCACAGCUGCAGCCGCAGCUGCCACCGCAGCCACAGCCGCAGCGGGUAUCUCAGCUUUCGUCCAGGGCUGGCGGGUCUGGGGCGGCCGCCGUUGCGGGGGAAGCGCCGGCGGCUGCGGUAACAACUUCAACAGCAGCAGCACACGGCCAAGAGGCACCGCCCUCUGGCACGGCGCACCCGGCACAACACAGCUUGGGCCCAGCGGCGGGUGAGGGCUCCCUUGACCCUAGCCAGGUCGCCUGCGCCACCUGCAGUACGCCCUAUGUGCACCGCCCCAGCACCGCAUCGGGCUUCUUCGCGCGCGGAACUGGCGCCUACACCUGCAGCAGCUGUUGCCACAAGAACCGCGUUGCUACCGGCUUCUACGGCCCCACCGGGACGAGCUCGCUGGAGCAGGCGGGCGGCCGGGAGUGCGCCGACUGCGGCACGGAGGACACUCGACAGUGGCGCCUCCACCCGCUACGCCUGGGCUUCUACAUGUGCAGCGCCUGCCACAACGAGCACAAAGCCGCGUGCCGGCAGGGCAGCCGGACCGCGGGCGCACAGCACAAACAAAAGAAGAGCACAACAUCGGCGCGUGCGGAGCGCGGUGGUGAUGGCGGCGGCGGUGGCGACGCAUCGACAGCCGCGCCGCCCAUCCAGCCGCUGCUGAUGACGACGAUGCUGGCGAUGGGCGGGGGGGCUGCGGUCGCUCCUGCGGCAGCCGCAGCCGCGGCAGCAGGCAUCACGGCGCUUGCAGCAGGCGGCGAUCCGGUCCCAGGGGCGCUUGACCGCAUCAUGUGCGUCGCUUGCGGCGUGCCAUGCGUACGACGUCGCGGCGCCUGCGGCUUCUUCGCCCACGGCACCCGCGCCUUCACCUGCCACCGCUGCUGCCUGAAAAAUAGCGCCGCGCACGGUUUCUACGGCCCGCCCGGGACGCGGAGCCUGGAGGAGGCGGGCGGGCGGGAGUGCGCCGAAUGUGGCACGGCGGCCACGCCGCAGUGGACCCCGCACCCGCUGCGCCUGGGCACGUACUGCUGCUUCGCGUGCGGCCUGGACCUCAGGCGGCCGGAGCUGGCAGCAGCCGGCGCUCCAGGAACCCCUCGAAAGCUGCGUGUGCGGCUGGCUGCUGCAGGCCGCGACGAGCAGCAGCACGAACAGCAGCAGCAGCUGUUGCAACAGCAGCAAGGCCAGCAACAGCAACAGGUUCUGCAACAGCAGCAGUUGGAGCGGGGUAGCGGCGGCCUGUUGCAGGACCAGGGGGCGGCGAUGUCCGGGGGCCCGAGCGCCAACGGCCACACGGCAUCACGCUUUAGCUUGCUACUCACGGUAGCGGAACACGCAGCGCAGAGCGAUGCGACGUCAAACGCUCAUGAAGCGCUUGGGUUGCAGGAGCAGCCGGGUGAGCGCCAGAGGCAGUUGGCGUCACCGGCAGCGGGGACUGGUGAUGGUGGCAGCGCCGGCGCGCUGGCGCAGCAGCUGGCAGGAACGCGCGCAGCCGGCGGCAGCGAAGGCCCGGGCACAGCUGCUUGCGAGGACGCUGGUCUUGCCGCUGGCCUUGCCGCUUUGGGUACGCUCGCCGCUGCGGUAGCUAGUUUGUAUGGGCCGGGAGUGGGCCUGCAGCAGCUGUCAGGGCCGCAGCUCUGGGCGGCCCAGCAGUUGGCUGCGGCAAUAGCGGCACCGGCCACCGGUGGCGCGCGUACGGCUGACCGCGAGACAGCCGCACAUGCUCAGCCGCUCAGCAUACUCGCCACAGCUGCGUGCCGGGAGUCUGUCGCUGGCGCGGACGCGGCGCUUGUACUAUCGAACAUGCCGCGCCUGCAGGGACCACUCCAGGCCGCAGCCGCUGGGCUCGACUUCGAUGCUGGCGGUGACAGCGGUGGAAGCCGCCUCGGGACGGACGCUGUCAACAGGUGCCGGGCUGUCGGUGCCGCUGCCGCGGCGGCCCCUGCGGCCGCGGCAGCAGCUCCAGAUGUGGAUAUGUCGGACGUGGGUGCCGGCGUUGGCUCGCCGUAUGCCGAACCCAGCGUCGGUGCGGGCGCGGCAGCCGGUGCAGCGGUUGCAGCUGCAGAUGCGGCACUGUCAAGCGGGGCAACGCGGCCGCCGACAGACACCGCGGGCGGGCGGGCUGUCCUGCCACAGGUGCGCGCGGCGCGCCCCGCAGCUUCCCCUGCGCAGCAGCCGGCCGCCCACCAGCCUCCCCAGUCCGCAGACCAGCCGCCCGCAGGAGCACCCGCAGCACCCGCUGCUGAACCAGCUGCUGAACCAACUGCUGCUGCACCGGCACCAUUCGUAGCUGCUGACUCUGCGGAGGCCACCCCAACGCCGGAGCCCCAGCCGCAUCCCCAGCUGCAUCCGCAGCCAUCCCCCGCGUCUGCCGCUGGCAUGGGUGUGGGUCUCGAUCCCGGCCUGGUCACGUGCGCCUCCUGCGCUGCGCCCUACAUGCGCCGGGGUAAAGCCCCCUCCGGCUUCUUCGCCCACGGCACCCGCGCUUACACCUGCCACGGCUGCUGCCUACGCAACAUCACGUCCCACGGCUUCUACGGUCCCCCCGGGACCCGGAGCAUGGCGGAGGCGGGCGGGCGGGAGUGCGCCGAGUGUGGCGUUGAGAGCACGCCGCAGUGGCACCCCCACCCCUCACAGCUGGGCGUCUACUGCUGUAACGCCUGUUACUUUCGGCUGCGGCGCCGAGUCACGCAGCGGACAGAGGAGCCUGGCCAGGGCCCGGGGGGCGACGAGCGAGUGGGUGAAAAGCGAGCCGUUGCUGAGCAGGAGGCCGCGGCUGGGGCCGGCACCAACAUUGGCACCCAGGCCGCCACGCAACUGUGCUCGGCAGCAGGGUCCGCGCCUGCAGCAGGAAGCGGCGGCGACGGCGGCGCGAAGCCCCACAGCCCCGCGCGGAGCGGGACGGGCACGGAUGCGGAUGCGGGAGCGGAUGCGGGAGCAAAGGAUGAGGAAGCGGGCUUGGGCGGUGCUUCAGCUCGUGCGCAGGAGGCGCAGGGGCAGGCGGGGCCCCUUGCGGCCACCCUGGCACAGCCGGAUUCAAUCGACCUGCCGUCAACCGGUGAAGAAGACAGCAUACACCCCGCACAAGCGGAAGCCGCCCCAGCGCCCCCGCAGUCAGACCGGGGUGGCUUGACAGACGCGCGGUUGCCCCGUUCUGCCGCAAUCUGCGCCCGUACCUUUAUUCGGCACCGGCUUAACGAGGAGCAUGACCAACCGCCGAAGCGGCGGAAAGUGGAGGCCGCGGCGGCUGCGCCCUGCAGCGUUCCCGUCGGCACCGCAGCCGCUGCAGCGCCUGCAGCUGUAUCAGGCCCAAGCGCCCCUCAGGAGCCAGCUGGUCAGCCCACGUGUACCACUUGCGCCGCGCCCUACGUGCGUCAAGGAACCAAGGUUCGAAAUGGCUUCUUCACUCGCACCGGCGCCUACAGCUGCCGCAGCUGCUGUGCGAAGAACCAGCUGUCUCACGGCUUCUACGGCCCGCCCGGGACACGGAGCCUGGAGGAGGCGGGCGGGCGGGAGUGCGUCGAGUGCAGCAAGGAGACUGCUUCGUAUUGGAUUCCACACCCCACCCGCAUUGGCAAGUACUAUUGCGGCGCGUGCGAUGCCAGGAUGCGGCGCCAGCUGCGGCAGCCGGCGACCGCCGCGCGGAAGCCGCAGCCGACGCAAGGAGCCGGGGGCAGCACGCAAGAGACCCUGCUGCAGGCGGGCAGUGUGCAGCCGUCGGGGGCAGACCAGCCACAGAACGCCGCCGGCGUGCACGCCGCGGCGGCUGCUGGUGGCGCGCAGGACCGCUUGCUGGCCUCAGCUGUGUUGGAUGCGGCGGUGGGUAGCGACAACGGAGAGAGGACGUCCUUGGCACGGUUGCUGCAUCCUGUCGUCGGUCGCAGCCCGCCUCAGGCGCAGCAGGCCCAGCUACCGGCGCAGGGCCAUGCCGACGCGUGGGCUGCGGCUCCCGGUGCUGCAGCUGUGGAGGCUGAGGCGGGCGCUGCGACUGACGCGAACGCUGCGGCAAAGGGCGACGCUGUGAUUGGGGCAGCUUGGGCAGGUGGUGCGGCUUGGGCGGACGCUGCGGCUGAGGCUGAGGGUGCGGACGCUGCGCCUUGGGCAGAAGCCGCCGUGGCCGAGGCGGAGGCAAAGGAGGAAGCGAAGGCGGAAGCCGUGGCGGCGGAGGCUCAGGAGGCGGAGGCUGCUGUGGUGGCAGAUGAGGAGCCGUUGACGCAGACACAGAAGUCACGGACCUAUGCGGCCUUGCUAGGCAAGCCAUUGCAUGCAUGCGAGCCGGCCUGGGGUGUUGCUACACCUGUCGAGGCCGUAGCGGCAGGUCCACUUGCACCGCUUCCAGCGCCAGCGGCCGCUGCGCAUGAGUGCGAAUGCAUUGACGGCGCCGCCGGCUUCGGCUCUGCGGCCGCCACCGGACUGCCACAGGCAGCCGAGCUGCCAGCAGCGGCGCAGGCACCAGUGCAGACGGCUGUGGCUGUGGUGGUGGCUGGGGCGGGAGCUGCGGUAGAUGCGGCAGAUGCUGAGGGGGCAGCGGCGCCGGAAGCUGAGCCCGAGCCGGAGCCGGAGCCAAAGCCGGGACCGGAGCCGGGAAAGGAACCGGAACCGGAACCAGAACCGGAGCCGGAGCCGGAACCGGAGCCGGAACGUGGAGCAGCAGCAGCAACGGAGUCGCAGGCGCAAGCACAGGCAGCGGGUGAGCCGCAGCCUCCAAGCCCAGUUGCGGUGGUGCGGGCCGCAGCGGACCUGCUGACAGCCACGACCGUGCCUGUUAUGCCUGUGACAGCAUCAGUUCGCAGCGCUGCCGCGGCUGCACCUGCCGCAACAGCUGUAGCUGCUGCGUCGGCUGCUACGCCGGGUGCUGGUCGCAGACCGGAAAACGCGCUCACGCCAGUAGCAGCGGGCGCGGCAUCGCCAGCAGUAGCGGCCGGGAGCUCGGGGCGGCCAUCGCGCUCCGCCGCGGCCCGCGCCAGCAGCGCCAUCGCCCACCAGAUGCACCAGGAGGCGCUGCCGCUGCGUAAGCUGGCGCUGGCGGCUGCAUUGAAGGCUGCCCUGGCAGCGGCGGUGCCCCAGCGGGGCGCUGCGGAGUCUGCGGGUGGCGACCCACCCGCGAGAGGAGCAGCGCUGUCCGCUGCCACAGCCACUGCGGCCCUGCACGCAACACAGGCGCAGUCGACGCAUGGAGCUCGUCCACAGGCAAAGCCGGUUGUAGAGAGGCUGGCUGCGGCGACGGCGGCAGCGGCUGGGGGAGGAAGCCACUUCGGGCGGCUGAUGCGGCGGCAACGCAUUGUGGGUGCCAGCGGUGCAGGCUCUGCCGCGGCGGUGCCUGUUCCCGCGGCCAUGCCCACUGGUCCGGCAGUAGAGGGGUGCGAGCCUGCGCAGCAGCGAGUAUCAGCCGUGGAGCCACACGCAGCCGCCUUGCCUGGCACUGCGGCUGCGGCUGCGGCUGCGGCUGCGGCUGCGGCUGCGGCUGCGGCUGCGGCUGCGGCUGCGGCUGGGCCUGGGCCUGGGCCUGGGGUAGGCGGGCGAAACGCGGGCUCGCGUGCCGUCGCGCAGGCCUCGCCAUCCCUGGCCAGGGAGCAGGCGCAACGCCUGCAGCCCCAAAGAUCUUCUGACGGCAACGGGGAGGGACGCCCAGCAGAGGCAGCAGCAGGUGGCUUGCAGCUGCUGUCAGCGCCGCCGGUGCGCGCGGCGGCGCUCCUGGCGCAGAGGCGCAUCCUGCAGCUGCAGGCGCAGGAGGAGACGGCACCAUCUCAACAGGAUUCUGCCGCCGGCACCAGGAGCACCAACACCGCGCAAGGGGCUCAUGCCGGGGGCGCGGCUUCGGUGCUGCCUGGCAGCUGGCGGAAGGGGCAGACCUCCCCACAGCCCGCGGCGCCGCCGGGAGCAGCGGGCGCAGCAUCGCCAGCAGUGGCGGCCGGGAGCUGGGGGCGGCCAUCGCGCUCGGCCGCGGCCCGCGCCAGCAGCGCCAUCGCCCACCAGAUGCACCAGGAGGCGCUGCCGCUGCGUAAGCUGGCGCUGGCGGCUGCACUGCAGGCGGCCGCACCCCAGCGGGGCGUAGUUCCACGCGACGCCGUCAGUUCGCCAGCGGCCGUGGCUGCUGCUGGUGCUAGACCGGAUGGGUCCAGGCCAGUGGGCGGGCAACUGGGCGCCUCUGCAACUUCACCUGGCGCUGCGCCGCAGCAGCCGGCAGCAGCGCCGGCUCGCGACGACACAUCCGUGCCGCCCAACAGACCACAGACACAGAUCAAGUGCGGCAGCUGCGGCGGCCGCUAUGAGCGCAAGCCUGGCGCCCAGAGCGGCUUCUUUGUGUGUGGCACCGGCGCCUAUACCUGCCGCAGCUGCUGCUCUGAGAAUCUCGUAUCUCCCAACGGCUUCUACGGCCCGACCGGCACCCGGUCAUUGCAGGAGGCGGGCGGCCGGGAAAGCGAGGAGUGCGGGACGGACACCGCGGUGGCGUGGCAGCUGGUUUCCCCUGUGGAGGGCACGUACGCGUGCCGGAAGUGCUACCACAAGCUCCAAAGGAAGCGGCAAAGAAUUGAGCAGGCAUCAUCCAAGGAGCUUGGGCAGCUGGGAGAGCAGGAGGAGGCACAACAGCACACAGAUGGGCCUGUCGAUGGUGACGCGCCGGCGGCUGGGGGUGUCGGGGCGGUUGGCGGCUCGGGUGCGGCGGCUGGGGUGCCAAAGUGGACGCGGCUCGGGCGCGGGGCCGAACCACGAACACGGCAGCAACAGGCAGCGGCGCCAAUGGCGGCCAAUGGCGGCGAUGGUGAGGCCAGUGAAGGCGGAGAGGAGGAGGAGGAGGAGGAGGAGGAGGAGGAGGAGGAGGAGGAGGAGGAGGAGGACGAGGAGGAGGUGGAGGAGAAGGAGCAGGAGCAGGAGAAGGAGGUGGAGGAGGCCGAUGCAGCUGAGCAGGCGGACAGGCGCGCAAAACGGCCACGGCAGCAGCGGCGGCGGCAGGACGUGGGCGUGGCGGCGGCGGCCGAGCCUGCGCCAGUGCCGGGCGGCGCGGCGCUGUUCACUGCGUGCGUGGACGCAUCUGCGCAGGCUAUCGUGGCGCACCUUGCCGCGGAGCGCCCGGGUGGCGGCCGCAGCACACUCGUCAUCACGGCGCCGCCCGCGUUGGCGCUCUGCUCUCCGGGACAGCUAGCGGCCCCCAUCACGUCGUGGUUGCAGGCGCACGUGUGCCGGCGGCCGAUGGCGCUGCUGCUUGGGCCGCCCGCAGAGGCGCUGGGCUUGGACAGGGAGGAGCCGCCGCCGGGGCUUACGCCGGAGGAGCAGGCCAACUGGGCGGGCGCACGAACCCGCGUGUUUGCCGCGUUCCUGCGCGCCGCGGACACGGCCAUGCUGGCGGCACAGGGCGGAGGCGCCGGCGAAGCGGCGGCCAUGCCAGCUGUUGACACGUUCCGCGCGAUCACGUUUUCACUGAGCCCCCCGAGCGAAGCGAUCCAGGGGGGGGCAAAUGAAUCAUUCUGUUGAGCACACGCCUAGCUGCGGAAGCGAAGCGUGCGCAUCGUUAACCUUUCUUGCGGCUGUUGACAACUGUGCUGCGUCUGGCUACGGUUGGCUCUGCUGUGGCAUCGCGACUGCUAGAUAGGCACCUGGUUUGGCUACGUGCCUGUGGAAACCGACCCCGGCUAUGUCCGGGCGAUGAGGUUGUUCGGCCUCAGACUGUGGAGGGGCUCAGCCCCUUUUCCCGUGACCGGGGAACACUUGUCACUGAGCAACGCAAAAGACCACCGGUUGCGCACUGGCUGGCAGAGCAGCUGUCGGCUGAGGAGCAACCGGCUCAGGCUGCACAGGCGGCAGCGCAACCCGGCAUGCAUCUGGGCCUCGUGCAGUAUUGUACAGGGCCGGAGGCAGGCAGCUCAACGGGUGGGGUGGCAGCCGGCACCACCAGCGUUGUAGAGGGUGCGCAGUCUACCGCUGGCGCAGUGGCAGCGGCGCUGCAGCCGCUGCUGCUGCGGCCGGUGUGCGAGGGGCUGCGGGCCGCGCUGGCGCGGGGUGCGGCGGGGCACCGGCUGGUAGACGGGUGAGGCGUCGGAGACUUGUGACAGUGUGGUUAUGCAGAGGUACCGAUUCAAGUGCUACGGCAGCGUGAUGAAUAAAGUGCUGCGGCGAGGUACGGGGACAUACUGUAACGCACGGAUGGGCAUGAUACAUUAUCGACCGUGGUGUUGCACCUGUGGCCAGUGUCGCCACAAGACGGUGAGCAGAAGUCGAACUCACAGGACAAGGACAGGUGUGCGCCGGGGAACACUUGUCGCAAUGAUGACUAAAUACGGUAUUAUAAGUAAAGAACGCGGCCACGGCUGCUGUGUACAGUUCUUGUGGUGACCCUGGUGACUGUGAGCUUGCAGUUUACGGGUGUGUCGGGUGCUGUUGCCGGCUGUGGCACGCGGCCGUGGUCGCAGAGCGCAUGCACUGUUGGGAGGCAGGGCAUCAGUAGGAGGGGCCAAAGGCUGACUGCACGGCGUUGGGAGGCAGGGCAGCAGUAGGAGGGGCCAAAGGCUGACUGCACGGCGUUGAUGCUGGGUCAGGCCCGCACGCUGUUGUGAACUGGGCAGGUAAUGUGCCAAGGUGCCCCGGAGCGUGUCCAAAUGCGUGCAUCUGGCAAUUACGGGCGCAUACAGCGUUCGUUUUGGGCCCAUCGCAGGGGCAGAGCAUUGUGUCAUAUGUCGGGACACAGCUGCAAUCUGUUCCUGCCUCAGUGCAAAUGACGUAGCAUACGUUCGUAUGGCUAGAGCUAACCGCCGCCUCUGCGUUGGGUGGCAUCAAAAGAUACGCGUGUGCAGUGUUCGAAAUGAAGCAAGAUUGAGGAUGGACAUGGAUAGGGACAAUGGGGCGUGGCAAAAUGGCACGGGCACAAAGGGUGCACUGUGUGGCAUAGCGUGUGGAUAUACAUGGAGACUUUGCGUGGGCCAAUUUAAACGACUGGAAGUGUGAUGUGUGCCCUAGGUUAAGCCUGCUCAUUCCAUGCAGCGGCACACACUUGUGGCGCCUUCUUACCGUGAAGGCCAAGCGGUUGCAGCAGGUUGCAGCGCCGCUUGGUACCGCCGCCCACGCCUGUGACCACUGACCUGUAGUAUUGCGGGCAGGCGGCUGCAGUUGCCGUCGAUGAAGGUGCUCCGUGACCACAUGGGGGGACGGCAACAAGAUGGGCAUUAUGGAUGUAAACUCGCAUGCGCACAAGGCACGAGGCGCACCGAUGCAGUAAGGAAGUCCGUUAUAAUAUUAUA